AUUUCUAAAUUAAUAAGGUGCAGUGUUUAAAAAUGGACAAAGAAAUUAUAAAGUGAAAUAGUGAAAACAAUGAAUGAGACUCUAGGACGCGGGUACGCCCGCAUUGAAGCAAUACGAGCAGCGCGUGGUGAAGCCCUAACGAUGCCGGAACCCGCUGCGCCUCCACCGGACAGAUACAACUCAGUUUACUUGACAUUGUUUGUCGCGGGCGCUGCCUUUCUACUGCCAUUUAAUAGUUUUAUAAUGGCGGUAGACUAUUUUCAAUACCAUUACCCAAAAUCUACCAUAAUGUUCGACAUGUCUACUGUGUAUAUCGUCUCAGCGUGUGUCGCAGUCAUCACGAAUAAUAUCCUGCUCGAUAUCUUCACAUACAAUACUAGGAUCACUUUUGGAAUCUUACUCUCCCUGGCGACUAUGUUGUUCGUGGCUGUGUGCAAUAUUGGAUGGGAUGGAUUUUCAACAAGUGUAUCUUACACUAUCAACUUAGUGGCGAUCGGAGUUGUAGCCUUCGGGUGUACCAUGCAACAGGCAUCGUAUUACGGUUUUACUGGGUGCCUUCCUCCUCGAUACACACAAGCUGUUAUGGCAGGAGAGAGCGCAGCUGGAUUCUGGGUAUCACUCGAUAGGAUCGUUACAAAAUAUGGAUUCCGUCAGCCUAAACGCAGUACUUUUAUGUUUUUUGUUUUUUCAAUAUUGAUACUACUCGGUCAUUCCAUGUUACAUCAUGUGAUGAUGAGACAUCCACUUGUACAACACUAUUUACGUUUAACCAACGAAUCCCGACAUCGACGCCGCAUUCAACUUCAUCUCAAUCCAACUGAGGACGCUACUUUGAUGGAAAGUGAAGCUGGAGAAGCUAGUUAUGGUGUCUUGAAACUUCAGAGCCCAGCGCCUUCUACUGGAGUAGUGGAAGCGGAGAACACUUUUAGUUUCGCAAAUCCCGUUUAUUCACCGACUGCAGCUGCGCCUGUGCCUGUCCCUGUACCGCUAGCGUCACCGCCGGCGAGUGUAUCCGAACAGUCUACUUUACCUCCUACAACACUUAGAACCCCAAGACCAUCUUACAAAGUUGAAGAUGUGGUUUUUGAAUCUCCAGAGAGACCAACAUCAUGGAGAAACUUCAAACGUGGUGUGCUAGCAAGGUGGGCUGUUGCCCGAGCUAUAUACCCCUACAUGGUGUCAAUAGGGCUUGUAUAUUUCACCACAUUGAGCUUGUACCCUGGUAUUGCAUCAGAGGUUCCUUCGUGUCGCCUAGGAUCCUGGAUGCCGAUCGUUCUUAUGUCCUCUUUUAACCUCUUCGACUUCAUAGGAAAAAUCGCAGCAGCAUGGCCUUACGAGUGGAGUCGUAGUCAGCUUUUAAUGGCUAGUGGUCUUCGACUCUUACUCGUUCCAUUACUUUUGCUGUGCGCAGCGCCGAGACACUCACCACACAUCGUCGGCGAUGUUUACCCAAUAAUGUUUUCCGUCGUGCUAGGAUUUACAAACGGGCUGUUCGGUUCUGUACCCAUGAUAAUGGCCCCUUCGAGAGUUGGAAGGGAACAUCGUGAAAUCGCCGGAAACAUGAUGACAUUAUCAUACAACGGUGGCUUGCUGUCAGGUUCAUUGGUGUCCUACUUACUGCUGGGCAUGCUCGGACCCCCCGCAGAAACUUGUCGUAUUUAUCCUACACCGGUAUUACCUACUGUAUCUCCCAUCUCCAACACCGGCAAUGGUACCUUUGUUUUGACAGCUGUGCAUUAAAUAUUUAUUAUUUUAAACAAAAAUUGAUUUAAUUAAAAUUCAAGGGUUCCCAUCAAUAUCGAUAUACAUUAAUUUACAAGUUAUA